AGUGUCCCAAAGGAAGGAGGAGGGGACCUGCAGACAGGCUGGGCGAUAAAACCGAGGCGAGGGGAGCCUGCGAGAGGACUACUUUGGAAACACUCGUAGCCCUGGAGCAGGACAGCCUGGGUGCGUGGGGAGACACAGGGUGGAUUUACUGGCUCUACAAAAACUGCCUGGAUCACGCAUGCACUGGGACCGGCUCAGCAAAAACUACAAGACAGAAGUGUCAGGCAAAGCAAGAGAGUGAAAACAAGGGAAAGUGCUGAGGAGAGAGAGAGAGAGAGAGAGACAGAGAGAGAGAGAGAGAGAGAGAGAGAGAGAGAGAGAGAGAGAAGAGUAAGAGUGAUUGAGUGAGAGACAGAAAAAGAGCAUGAAAACAGAAGUGGUGAAUUAAAUAGCACAGAUACCACCCACUGAGCCUCCAUACCACACACAGAGGACUUGUCACACUCUCCGACGCACAGACACGCACACCCUCACACUCACACACACAGAGAGAGAGAGAGAGAGAGAGAGAGAGAGAGAGACGCACCACACUGUGUGCUCAGUGACUCAACCUCUCAGAGAGACUCCGGGACAUAAACAUAGCAUCUAUACUACACACACACACGCACACACACGCACGCACGCACACACAGAUCACCCUCACCCGUUCUGACAACACCACACACAGUGAUUUGAUUGCAGUAAGUGGAUGAGCUCACACCUGAGGAAAACGUUUGAGGCGCAGAAACAUGCUCACACUCCCAGGAGCACAGAGCAGCAUGGCAGAGUAAGAACGACAAGAACGCUCCUCUGCUCUGCAACCUGCAGGAUCUCAGCUCAGCUCUGCUCUGCUCAGUCAGGGCUAGUCAAACAGGGGACGGCAGCAUCAGCUGGACCAUCAGCAAGAGCCAAGGACCUUUUCAGAUCCUACUCUCUUUAAGAGGUCAGCCCUGAGGACCCCACACGGCCGAACAACGAAGACUAGGGUGUUCCUCUGAGGGCAGACGACGGUGGUUGCAGAGACCCCCGGAGGGAUACAGGACGCUUCCGUUGCCUUCACAGCGCGGGAGGAUGGGUGCUUAGCCCUCCCGAGGAGGACCAGCAGGAGUCACGUGAAGGAGCCCAGCCGAGCCCAGCCACGUACGCCUGGCCCCCCCGGAGGAUGGUGCCCUGCCGAGGGUCGCGGGGGGUGCUGCUGCUGCCCCUGCUGCCGGGGCUGCUGCUAGCGCUGCUGCUGCUGCUGCUGCUGCCGAUCCCCCUGCGCGGCGCCACACACAGCGAGGACAGCGCCGAGCUGGACGGAGACAACUACACAGUCAGCACAGAGAGCCCGUCCUCUUCACAGGAGACAAUCUCGUCUGAUGCAGCGAUAGCCAGUCCUCUCAACACCUGGCUGUUGUUCAGGAACUCCAAUAAGGGGGAACCCAAGAGGUCCAGACAUACCAAAAGACCAUCUAAGCAUGGUCUCCCCGGCCCUCCCGGCCCCACGGGACCCCAGGGGCCCCCAGGUCCUCCGGGCCCCCACUAUCCCCUGCAGGAGGCCCUCAUGCAGGAGUUCCAGCUCAAGCUGAAGGAUUUAAAACGUUUUUCCAGUGUGCUUUCACUGAAUUUGACUUCAGAAAGCAAACCAGAACAUCACCCAGAGGAGAUUUUCCACACCCACAGAUUAGUCUCUCCAUCCCUCCGUCUCACCCCCAGCCUCUCCCCCCAGUGCCCGUCCAUACACCCCCAGCCAUCUCACGCUAAUUCUCACCCUCCUCAUGCUUUCUUCUCUCUCUCUCUCUCUCUCUCUCUCUCUCUCUCUCUCUCUCUCUCUCUCUCUCUUGUAGAGCUGGUGGGGUCUCAGUGUCUUUUCUGUGACCAGCCCCCCCGUGUGGUUACAGCCUUCCACUGCCGUCUGCACCACAGCCUGAUCGUGCCCCGGCGGAGCCUACAGGAGCUGCAGCCUUUCAGCCCGCCUUCAGAAACAGAGCAGUUCCACCAGAGGGGGCAGGCCUUCAACUCCAGCAGCGGCCGCUACACUGCCCCCAUCUCCGGCUUCUACCAGCUCACUGCCAGCCUACAGAUCGAGUCCAGUGAUACACAGCGGAAAUCACAGUCCAGGCCCCGAGACAGUGUGAGAGCCUCCAUUUGUAUUGAGUCUCUGUGUCAGAGCAACGUGUCUCUGGAGACAGUCUCUGGAGUCGGCGCAACAGGCAGAGUAUUCAGCAUCCUGCUGACAGGAACACUUUACCUACAGGGAGGGGAGUACGUAUCCGUCUUUGUUGACAACGGGACAGGUUCUGCGGUCACAGUCCUUCAAGAUAGCUUGUUCUCUGGGAUCCUUCUUGGAGUGUGACACACACUCUCUCACACACACACACACACACACACACACACACACACACACACACACACAC